AUGUCAAGAUCCGACACAAUUCGGCAAAAAUUAAUUGAAGCCGAAUAUGAACCUGUAAGUUCAUCACGUAAACUUACUUUAUUACUUCAACGUUCAGUUCGUUAUUCAUAUCGACAAAAAUGCUGUACAUGUUGUCCAACAAUACUUUGUGAACUUCUAUUUCCAAUUACUAUAAUAAUAUUAUUAAGUUUGAGUCGAUACGGAAUCAAUCGACUAGCAGAAAUGCAAAAAGAUAAUGGAACAUUACCUGGAACUUUCAGUAAACAUCCAUGUUCACAAGAUUUAAAUGCUCCACCAACUUCAUCAAACGAUAUAUUUACUAAUUGCUUUAAAUUUCCACCAAGUUAUAAUGCUAGCCGUUGGGAUACACAUAGCAAAAAAGAUAUAUCCAACAAAACAAAUAUAGUGUUUGAACCGGAUCGAACUGAUAUUAACGAACUUGUGGAACAUGCAGAAAUGCGUUUAACUGCAAUGAAAUGUGAUAAUGCAAAGGUUUGGAGUCAAAAUCCAAAUGAUGAAACUGAUAUGAAUUUAUUACAAAAUAAUACUGUCAAUACAGUGAUAGUGGAUUUUAGUUCAACAUCUAAUCUAAAAAAAGAACGAAAAAUUGCUUACAAUAUUAUUGUUCGAACACCGAAUGUUCUUUUAAAUAAUGAUCCUGUAGAUAGAUCAUUUAUAUCAUACAAACAUCCAGGUUAUAUUCCUGAUCGUUCGAAUUCAACAGAUAGCAAUGGUAAUAAAGGAUCAGAACUACCGGAAUUUACUGAUAUCAAAAUGUUUGUUGAUUCACUAAUUAUGGAAUAUCAAACAAAUCGACAAAUUCAAUUUGAACUUGAACGAAAUCUUUUAAGUUGUACAUCAUUUCGCAAUGAUUAUCUUUUUACAUCAGAAUCAAAUUUUAUCAACUCAAUUAUAUUAAUGAUUGAUGCUAUAUUUAUUAUUCCAUAUGUCAUUCUUUUAAUUAGUUUAAUUCGAGAGAAAAAUUCAAAAGCUAAAGAAAUUCUUAAAGUACUCGGUAUUGAACCGAUUCUUAAUAAUCUUGCACAAGCCAUUCGAACAAUGGUGAUUGUUUUACUUUUAACUCUACUUUUAACUAUCGCAUAUAAGUUAAAAUUGAAACCGGAUGCUUAUUUCAAUACAGUUAAUUUUGCUGCUCUUUUUUUUGGUAAUCUCAUAUAUGGUUUACAAUUAAUAUCAUUUUGUAUCAUGAAUGCACAAUUAUUUGAUACUAAUGUUCGUGCUAUUAUAUUUACAUUCAUAUUUUAUUUCAUAGCAUCUAAUAUAUAUACACUUACAAUUUCAUGGCCACCAAGUAUACAAUAUGUACUAAUGCUUUUUUGUCCUUAUAUUGCUGGACAUUCACUUUUUCAACAAACUGUAUUAUAUGAUUUAGCAAACAAAGAUGUAGCCAUAUUUCGAACUAUAUAUAGUUAUGUACCGAUGUAUUUUCCAACAUUGAUUAUUAUGCUUCUUAGUUGUGUUUUUUAUUGGAUAUUAUCAUGGUAUUUAGAAAAAGUCUUUCCAGGUGAAUAUGGUGUUCCACUUGAUUGGAAUUUCUUAUUCAAAAAAGAUUAUUGGCGUAGAGAAACUGGUAAAAUGACAAACUUUUUAUUCAAUAAUCGUAUAGCAAAAUUUUCAAAAUCUGAAACAUCAGUCGAAGCAACAAAUUCAAGUGGUGCACCUGUUAUUCAUGUUGAUCGUCUUGUUAAAAAAUUUAGUCCAGAUAAAAUAGCAGUCAAUGAAGUUUCAUUUGAUUUAUAUGAAAAUCAAAUAACAUCAUUACUUGGACCAAAUGGUUCUGGAAAAACCACUAUAUUUAAUUGUUUAAUUGGAAUAUAUAAACAAACAUCAGGUACAAUUACAAUGGCAAAUGAAGAUGGAAUUGAUUAUGAUACAAGAACGAAUAUGGAAAUGUUAAGAAAAUCAAUUGAUUAUUGUCCACAACAUGAUAUUCUUUUUGAUUUAUUAACAAUUGAAGAACAAUUACAAUUCUAUGCAUGUGCUAGGGGAUUUGGAAAAUAUAAACAACAAAUAUCAAAUGAAAUGAUUCAUUUAGUUAAUCUUGAAAAUUCAAAAGAUGUUUAUUGUAAUUCAUUAUCAGGUGGAAUGAAAAGACGUCUUUCAUUAGCUUGUGCUUUUGUUGGUGAUACUAAAAUUGUUUUACUUGAUGAACCAUCAAGUGGACUCGAUCCAUCAAAUCGUCGUUUAUUAUGGGAUUGGUUACGUACAAUGAAAGAAGGUAAAACUCUUCUAUUAACAACACAUUUUAUGGAAGAAAGUGAUGCUCUAUCGGAUCGAAUUAUAAUUAUUUCAAAUGGAAUUAUUAAAGCAGAUGGAACAUCAGCAAAAUUAAAAGAACAAUAUGGAUCCGGUUAUAAACUAAUUAUUAACAAACAAAUUAAUUAUAGUACAAAUGAAAUACAAAACGAAUUACAUCGUUAUUUACCUCAAUUAGUAAUUGAAACUGAUAUUCCAAAUGGUGAUGUUGUUUUCCGUACAAAUAAACAGCCAGACAAUCAAUUCGUUGGAGCAUUACGUCAACUUGAAGUAAUGAAACAAGAAAAUCGUAUAAAACAUUAUGGUGUACAAAAUAGUACAAUGGAUGAUGUAUUUUUGAAAAUUACGAAAGAAACAAAAGAUGAAAAUAAUUUGGGAACAACAUCAGUUAAUAUUGAACGCAUAGAUGAACAAUGCCGUUAUAUAUUCGCUGAAAGACAAUUUUUUCAAGGUUGGCGUUAUUAUUUAAGUCAACUUUAUGGUCUAAUUGUUAAAAUAUUACUUGUACGUUAUCGUCGUUGGGGUUUAAUGCUUAUUGUUAUAUUAUUACCAAUAGUUUAUAAUCUUUUAUCAAAUGUACUUUCUCGAAGUCAAAAUGCAACUGGUACCUUUAAAAUGGACGUCAAAUCACUUAAUCCACAAACAAUUCUGUAUAAAGCAGAUCCACUCAUGGAAAAUUAUUUUCAAGCAGCUAUUGGUUCUAAAUCAAAUAGCUUAGUUCUAGACAAAAGAUCAGAAAACAUUACUGAAAUGAAUAAAUAUGUAUGGCAAAAACGAAUGGAUCGUCCAUAUACAUAUACUGAUAUCUAUCUUGGUUUUCAAAUACCUACACCACAAGAAGAUACAUAUAAGAUACAAACCUUAUCAUCAAAUUUAAUAUCUGGUCAUGAAGUUGUUUCAGUUGCAACGAAUAUAUUUUUUAAAUAUGCAUUAAAUGAUACUAGUGCAUCAAUUGAGACGACAUUAAUUUAUAAAAAAACAGGAAAUUUGACAAUAGAACCAACAUUGAGCAGUUUAUUGAAUGUAUUAAGUAUAGGAUCAUGUUUUCUAAAGAUUAUACCAACUUCACUUAUAUUGGAUGUUCCAGCAUUCUAUUGGCUUUGUAAUUAUUUAUUCGAUAUUAUUAUAUCAAUUAUUUGGUUUUGUUAUUUACUUGCUAUGUACUGUAUAUUUGAUGUUGCUUUUAAUGGUUCUCCAAACAGUCGAACUAAAACAGCAAUUAUCAUACCAAUUGAAUUCGCUACUUCAUGGGAUUUACGAGUACAAUUUUAUCCAUUAACAAUAAUAAUUGCAUUACCAACAUUACCAUUUGCAUAUCUCAUAACAAAAAUAUUCAAAAGUGAUCUACUUUGUGGAUUAUCAGUAUUGUUUAUAUUAAUUGUUCUUCACUUGGUUAGCAUUAUUGUACCAAUAGUGAUGUCAAUUGUUAAUCAUACACUUGUUGAAAACGUGAUUUAUUGGUUAUUAAAUAUUAUUUCACCAACGAUAAAUGCGCAGGCUAUCGUAACAUACAUACUAGCACAAAAAAGUAAAUUUUGUCAAAUACUUAUUAAUAGUGAUGUUACAUUUUUUAAACCAAUUGGUAAUGAUACGAUUGGAUGGAAUUGGGUAGUUCUUAUUUUACAUAUUAUUAUUUUAUUAUUAAUCUUAAUUGCUAUGGAUAGUGGUUUCUUCAAAUUCCGAAUGAACUUUUCAUGUUUAACAAAUCCUUUACAUUUUGAUGAAAAUACUCUUGAUAGUGAUGUUCUAGCAGAACGUCGUCGAGUUUUAAAUUUAAAUUAUUCAACAACAGAUAAUAAUCUAUUGGAUGCAGAUAAUAACGAAGAACGACACGAUACUGAUCAUUUAACAGUUCAUGAUCUUGUUAAACGUUUUCCUGGUCGUAAUGUUUGUGCUGUCAAUCAUUUAACAUUUGGUGCCAAACGUGGUGAAGCAUUUGGUUUACUUGGUUAUAAUGGUGCAGGUAAAACAACCACAUUUCGUAUACUUGUUGGUGAUGAAUUAGCAACUGAAGGUACUGCGUAUAUUGAUGGGCAAAAUGUUAGUCGUCGUUUAAGAUCAAUACGUCGAUUAGGUUAUUGUUCACAAGAAAAUUGCAGUAUGAACUUUUUAACUGUUCAAGAUAGUUUAUACUUAUUAGCACGUAUACGUGGUGUAACUUUUUCACGAAUAAAUUCAGUUGUUCAAACAAUUAGUUCAUUAUUUUUACUUGAUCCAUAUCUUAAAAAUUAUAUUCAUCAAUUGAGUGGAGGAACGAAACGACGAUUACAUGCUGCACUUGCAUUAAUUGGACCACCAUUAGUAGCAAUUCUUGAUGAACCAACAACUGGUGUUGAUCCAAAUGCUCGACAACAAAUACAAGAAAUACUUAUUAAUGCUGUUAAAGCAAAAUUAACUAUUAUAUUAACAAGUCAUUCAAUGGAUGAAUGUGAACGUGUAUGUAAUCGUCUUGGUAUCAUGUUUAAUGGUCAAUUAGCUUGUUUGGGUACAAUCCAACAUUUGAAAUCAAAAUUUAGUCAAGGUUAUACAAUUGAUAUUAAAGUUCGUUCAACACAUAAUGAUACAAACAUGACAACUAUUCAAAAUGUUCAAUCAUUUUUAUUAUCACAAACUCAAUUGAAUGUUGAAACUAGAGAAAUAGCACAUUCAACAGGUUCAUUUCAAAUUAAACGAAGUACACCAGCAGAUCUAUUUGAAUUACUUGAACAACAUAAACAAAAUUUAAAUAUUGAAACAUAUACAAUAUCACAAACAACACUAGAACAAAUAUUUUUAUCAAUUGGUAAAAAAAUUGAUGCUGAUUUAUAA